AUGCGGCGGGCGGCACUGCGGUCGACGGGUGCCCGCGGGGCGCGGGCGGCGAAGCCGCAGGGGGGCGCCCUUCGCCCAGACCCCGCUGCGAGCGGGCGGGCCCCAUGGGGCGGGCGGGGGGCGGGCCCCGCGCACCGGAGGCGGCUCCCCGCGCCGCGCCGGGCCCGCACCCGGGGCCAGAGCCGAGGCCGGGACCCGCAGGCCGCGAGUCCGGAGCUCGACUGGGUCCCAGACAUCUUUGCUGUGCGGGUGCUGCUGGAGGAGACCGGGGAGAGGUUCCUGGUGACGAAGUGCCGCGGCGACAUGACGGUGCGAGAGCUCAAGGUGGAGCUGGAACUGAUCGCCGGCAUCCCCCUGGACCUGCAGCGGCUCCGGUACCUGGACCAAGGAGAUUUGAUGGAUGACACUACCUUGAAGUUCCAUGAUGUCGUUCCCGGUGGGAUUAUUUCACUAUGUGUCUGGCGCUAUGAUGGAUGGAUAGACCUGGUCCUUGCAGCGGUGGAAGAAGAUACCAGUAAGCUGUCCUGCCUCGGCGUGACUGAAGACUCCCCGUACCAGACCGCACACGUGCAGCACCUGGGCGCGCAGCAGUGGAGGAGGUGGACCGCGCAGAGGGCCUUCGUGGCGCUGUACGUGGCCUCGCACAGAGGACACGCGGAUGCCGUGCGCUUCCUUCUAGAACACGGGGCCAGCUGCCACGGGCAAACCCCCAUGGGCCGGACACCCCUGCACGCGGCUGUGGCCAUGAACCAGUUGGACUGUAUAAACCUCCUGCUGCAGUUCGGGGCCUCUGCCAUUGCCAAGGACGCCCUGGGGGUGAGCCCGAAGGCCAUCGCUCGCAAGCUGAACUACAAGCAAGCUAAGCAGCGAAUGGCCCUGUCUCACUGGAUGGCGGAGUCAGGGAGGAAGAGCCCGGUGCACGUGAGGCUGAACAAGGCUUUGCAGAGAGGAAAGCCCCGGUCUGGCUCCAAGAACAAAACUUAG